GGCCCAAACAGGAUACUGGAGCAUGAACAUUAGUUUCACACACACUCCACUUCUUCUUUGGCUGCGAAUGGACGACCACAUAUCGGUCUCAUUUUGCCCUAAAACUCCCAGGGACCCUCUGGAUGUCAGUUAAUCUCUCUAUGGCAAUUAUGUUGUUGAUUUUUUUACUGCAGCUCAUCAACAGCUUUGGGGGUUUAUCAGGAGCUGAACAUGAAACGCUGUGUACCUCUAACGCCUGCUUCACCCUGCAUAUGGAAAAGGUGAGCUUUGAGAAGGCCCAGCAGAACUGUGGUGACAAUGGAGGCUAUCUGAUGACACUCAGAAACAGACAUGAAGAGGAUGUGCUGCGCUCACUUCUCUCUCUGUUACAAAGACAACAUCAGGGAACGCUGCUGAAAGUUUGGAUUGGAUUAAAACUGCAUAGACAGGACUGUGUGUUUGCUGACAAGACUCUCCGAGGGUUUAAAUGGGUAUCUGGAGAGGAAGACUCCAACUACUCAAACUGGAAAAGACAGCCUGCCUCCACAUGCACAGAGGAGAGAUGUGUAAAGGUUGAUUACAUUUUUUCAGGUCAGAAUCAACUAAAAUGGAUUGCUGGGUCUUGCAAAAUGCCUGCAUUUUUUGCAUGUAAGUUUUAUUUUAAGGGGAUGUGCAAGCCUUUGGCUCUGCUAGGGCCUGGACAGAUAACGUACACACCACCCUUCUCAAAAGAGCCACAAAGAAGUGAAAUGAAAUCAUUCCCAAUUGGAACAUAUGCAAUUAUUCAGUGUAGCAACCAGCUGUCUCACUACUCUGUGUGCAAGGGUGUGGAGGACACCUAUAGUUGGAAUGACCCUGGCCCAUUUUGCAGAGCAGGAAAGAGAAACUGUGAAAUCAUCAAUGGUGGAUGUGAACAUGUGUGCCAUCAGGAUGCAGAUGACGUACAAUGCUCUUGCAAAGACGGUUACGACCUGGAAGAUGAUGGACUCACAUGCAGCAUUAAAGACUUGUGUGGUCCUGACACCUGUGAGCAUCAGUGUGUAAUGGGGGAGUCUGGGUACUCCUGCAGAUGUCCAGAUGGGUUCAAACUGAAUGAAGACCAGCGCAGCUGCUCUGACACUGAUGAGUGCCAAUCACAGGCCUGCAGGGAUCAUUUGUGCUUAAAUACACACGGCAGUUACAUGUGUGUGUGUAAAGACGGUUACAAAAUGGUGGAUGGUGAAUGCAGCGACUUGGAUGAGUGCAAGCAGCCAAGAUGUGAACACAACUGCUUGAACAGUAUCGGAUCUUUCUCCUGUUACUGCAAUGAGGGCUUUGUUUUAUCCAAAAAUGGCCACUCCUGUGUGGACAUUAAUGAAUGUGUCAGUGCUCGCUGUUUAGCUGAGACCGAUGGGUUUACUUACACUCCUCAUGUGACGGUAACAUCAGCUACAUCACUGGAUGACUCAGCUGACGAGGAAACACAAGAAAACUUCACGGAGUCUUUAACCAGAACCACGGUGGAGCUGCAGCACCAGUCCCCCCACACUGACGCACCGCUUCCACACCUGGUCAACGUUACACACGGUGAUGAGCAGAGCAACGCCUCCUUAGCGACAAGUUCUGCCAAAACGGUCAAUUCCAGGGUGAUAGUCUGUGUCCUUGGCUCAGUCAUUCCUCUGCUCAUGUUGGUCACAAUGACUCUGUUUAUUGCAAUUUUUCGAUGUAAUCGCACCAAAAAAGAAGCCAAAAAGAAAACAACUGCAGAUGGCUACUGCUGGGUGCCCUCUGGUUUAGACCCACGUUUAGAGAAACUGUAUGAAUCCAUCUUGACUGAUGAUCUAUGACCUACUAUUGACACAGAAGACUGUUUACAAGAAUUCUUAUGCUUAUUUAUGUAAUUUAUGUUCUUGCAACUUCUUUUGGUUUGACCAUAUAUUGUUAUCUGUCAUAAUUACACAUCAAAUCACAAAUCAGAAAACUUUGCUGUUCAUGAGACUGUGGUUGGCGUAGUUGAGUAAAAAAAAAAACCCCAUCACAAAUAGGAAGGGUUUGAGGAAAUUAUGAAAAAUAUGGUAAAUGUGGCUGAUGAGUGGAAGUCAAAACAUGCAGGUGAUGUUGAUGUAAAAGUGUAGUUCUGAAGGGGAAAUGAGGCUUCUGGGUUUAGAGUCAGACGGGGUGGUGCCUGUUAUUUCACCGGCAUGAAUAUAAAAGGAAAUGUAAAUAGUGUUUUAACUGAGAGAACAUUGUACCAGGAUAUCAUAUUAAAAGUUGGCACGUUAGUGUUAGAAUCAGUUACUUUCUCUUGUAAUAUAUCACAUCUGGCCAGAUUAUCUGCUGUUAUACCAAAAGAUUUGUUUAAGUAAUGCAUGUAAACCUGUGAACACCUCCUGGCCAAAACACAUCUGUACUUAUCAUACCACAGGGCAGAGGUGGAAGAAAUAUCCGCAUCAUUUACUUUGUAAAAGUAGUAAUACCUACAGCAUUUGAAAUACUCCAAGACAAGUCGGAAAUCAAAUUUUCACAUAAAACUAUAGAAACCUGACAACAAAAUGCAUUUAAAGUAUCAAAAGUGAAAUUAGCAGCUAAGAAUGACCGUGUUGGUGUUAUGUUAUUACAUGAUUAGAUCAUUACAGUAUCACUGAAGUUUUAACAGUAUGUUUGCUGUUUUUGUUGUUGUACCUGGCUGAGGAAGAACUUAAUCUGUUCAGAACUAGAUACUAAAUAAAUGCAGUGAAGUGAAGAGUACACCAUUUACAUCUCAAAUUAUGUAAAGCAUAAAAAUAGCAUAAAAUGGAAAUAUGCAAGGAAGUACCUCUCAAAUGUACUUAAACCACAGAACUUAAUUGUUCUCUGCCUUCACCACGGAGAUGUAUUUGUUCAAACAAAAGAUUAGACAUACAUUUCUUACUGAAUGGAGUAUGGAGUUUACGCAUCUGAUUGUGCAGUUCUGAAGAUGUGUUGAUGUAAAUGUAUGAACUGUUCAUCAAAGUAUAAAAACAAUGUAUGUUGUGUUAAGGUAAAGUCAUCUUAUCUGAAUAAAACUAAAUAAACAGUUUGUUUUGAAAUAUGA